AUGGCAGAGUCAGGACCUGAAGACCCAGCAACACAAGGGUGCACUGAUGAUGAGGAUGUUGCAGCAGCUGCUUCCUUAGCAAUAUUGGCUAGUAGGCAACCAUUAGGAUUUCAUAACAAUGAUCACCUCACUCUGAUGAACAUCCCAUAUGUGCACCUUAUUGUGUUUGACCCAUUCUUCAUGGUUCUGGAGCUCCUUCACACAGCUUCCUUCAUGCCUUUUGAUCCCUUGUGGCAGGCAUCUCAGUCACAUGACAAGCCGCCGGGAUUGUUAUGGCACUUAACUUUUUGCGACAACACUCUCCACUGCACCCACAUCUCUGGUAACUCUAUGGAACCUGAACUUGCAUACCACCUGACAGCCAAAGAGCCAUUCAAUAAUCCUGAUGCCGGCAUGAUCAUCCGAACUGCUGAUAAAGUCGACUUUCGAAUCUUCAAAUGCAUGCUUUCACUCACGUCUUCCGUCUUCGAAGAUUUGCUUGCUCCUGGAGGCCUUAAAUUCGAAUUUUAUGCAGACCCUAUAUCUAUCCCUGCCAUUACUGUGUUGGAAAACGUCACGACGAUAGACUCGCUACUCAGGCUGGUCUAUCCAGGCGCAAUUUACCCGAAUCCGCCUUUUUCUUCUUUCGAUGACGCUGAACUGUUCCUCGCUGCAGUUGCCAAGUACAACAUGAUCCCAACAAUCGCUGACCGUGCCAAGGAACUGGUCGCAGACAAGUUUCUGAAGGAUCACAUCGUUUCCUUGUAUGCAGUCGCAUGCGAACAUGGGUGGUGCGAUCCUGCGAGAAAGGCAGCAUGGGCAGCGUUGAAGAUUAGGGAUUUAGGGCAGCCAGGUCGGGGAGGAUACGUCAAGGAGUUGGAGACCUUGCCGGCAGCUGCAUUUUACAGACUGCUGGAGUAUCAUCAUGCAUGUGGUGUCAUUGCUAGCGAGCUGAAGUUCGAUUCCGCAUCGUUCCCACCGGCCGGGUGCCCUGGGGACAGGGAUAUAUGCGCGUGGAACGAGCAUCGCCGAUGGCUUGGGAAGAAGUAUGUGAAAGCCUGUCGUAGCAGACUGUUGACUCGGCCACACCCGUCUACAAUUCGAAGAACGUCUACCAAAGAAUGGCUUUAUAUCGACGAACGUACCCACAGUCUUGAUCGCCAGGACCAUGCACAUGUAGCAGCAGACAACCGGUUUCACUUUGUCGAUCUUAGUAAUCCCAGGUCUUCCAAAACCGAGUGGCAAACGUGUCGACGUUUGCAGAAUACGGAUCAGCACUCCCCAUUUUCUUGUGUCAUACCACCGCUUGAGGUGCCGGUAACCACUAGAAGAAUCUCGGAGGACGACUCACGUUCCAAAGCCGGUGUCACCUGCGUUGCGAUUUUAUUCCGUACAAGACAACAAUGA